AAAAAAAAAGGGGGAAAAAAGAAAAAAAAAAAAAAAAGGCGGGAUUUCGGGUGGGUUUUCCAUUUUCGUGCCGGUGGCUGCCGCGUGUCUCGCCCAGCCGGCGCAGGUAACCUACUUCGGAACGCCUCUGCCGUCGCGCCGAGCGUGACUCGCCGCUCCUGCCGUGCGGGCUGCGCUGGGGGCCGCAGUCCCGGGCAGCGCCGCCGGGACACCGCGGCCACCGGGGCCACCGGGGCCAGCGGGACCGCGGAGCGCCGGGCGCGGGUCCCGAGCGGCGGCCGGGGGAUGCCGCCGAGCGCGGCCCCGGCGGCCUGAGCGCGGGCACGGCGCCGAGCCCCCGGGCCGCCCCGCGCGGCCCCGCGGCGGCGAGCGCAGCCCGGGCCAGGAGGAUCCAGGCAGCGGCGGGGGACGGCUCCCGGAGCCCUGCGAGGCGCGGCGGGCUGCGCUCGGUGCUGAGCAGGCGGCGGCCGCCCGGCCCCACCAUGCCGUCCAGCGGGACCCUGGACGCCGGCAGCCCCGCGCCCAGCCGGGAGGCGCUGGACACGCACAAGGGGGAAGAGGAGCCCGAGGAGAACCCGAGCAAGGAGGAGAAGCAGGAGCCGGGGACGCCCAUGAGGAAAGCGGGGCGGCCCGGGCGGAAGCGCAAGCAUGCCCAGCAGGCGGACAGCAGUGACACCCCCAAAGACAGCGCGGCCGUCCCCAAGUGCCCCCCGCCGUGCCCCGAGGCCAGCCCCGCCGAGCCGCUGCCCAACGGGGACGUGGAGGGGGACGCGGAGGAGGCCGGGGCCAGCCCCAAGGGCGGCCGGCCCGAGGAGGACGAGACGGAGAGCCUGGCGGGCGGGGAGCCGGGCCGGGCGCUGGAGAACGGCCGCUGCACGCCCCGGGAGGGGCUGGACGCGCCCGCCGACGAGGGAGAGCUGGCCCCCUCCGACCCCCAGAAGAAACGCGGCAGGAGGAAACUCCUGGAGGCCACAGAGAAAGGCAAGGACGAGAAGGAGGAAAACAACUUCGACACCCUGAAAAUGGAGGGCUCGCGCGGGCGGCUCCGCGGCGGGCUGGGCUGGGAGUCGAGCCUGCGGCAGCGGCCGAUGCAGCGGCACACCUUCCAGGCCGGGGACCCCUACUACAUCAGCAAGAGGAAGCGCGACGAGUGGCUGGCACGCUGGAAGCGGGAGGCCGAGAAGAAGGCCAAGGUGAUCGCCGUGAUGAACGUGGUGGAGGAGCCGGCGCGGGCCGAGGCGCAGAAGGAGGAGGAGGCCAGCCCGCCGCCCGGGCCGCAGCAGCCCACCGACCCCGCCUCGCCCAGCGUGGCCACCACGCCCGAGCCCGCCGUGGCCGAGGCGGGCGACAAGAACACCUCCAAGUCGGCCGACGACGAGCCCGAGUACGAGGACGGCCGCGGCUUCGGCAUCGGCGAGCUGGUGUGGGGCAAGCUGCGCGGCUUCUCGUGGUGGCCCGGGCGCAUCGUGUCCUGGUGGAUGACCGGGCGCAGCCGCGCCGCCGAGGGCACCCGCUGGGUCAUGUGGUUCGGCGACGGCAAGUUCUCGGUGGUGUGCGUGGAGAAGCUGCUGCCCCUGAGCUCCUUCGCCAGCGCCUUCCACCAGGCCACCUACAACAAGCAGCCCAUGUACCGCAAGGCCAUCUACGAGGUGCUGCAGGUGGCCAGCAGCCGGGCCGGGAAGAUCUUCCCCGCGUGCCCCGAGAACGACGAGACCGACACGUCCAAGGUGGUGGAGAUCCAGAACAAGCAGAUGAUCGAGUGGGCCCUGGGCGGCUUCCAGCCCUCGGGCCCCAAGGGGCUGGAGCCCCCCGAAGAGGAGAGGAACCCCUACAAAGAAGUUUACACGGAGAUGUGGGUGGAGCCCGAGGCAGCCGCCUACGCGCCGCCCCCGCCCGCCAAGAAGCCCCGCAAAAGCACAACCCAGGAGAAGCCCAAGGUCAAGGAGAUCAUCGACGAGCGCACCCGAGAGCGGCUGGUGUACGAGGUGCGGCAGAAGUGCAGGAACAUCGAGGACAUCUGCAUCUCCUGCGGGAGCCUCAACGUGACCCUGGAGCACCCUCUGUUCAUCGGGGGGAUGUGCCAAAACUGCAAGAACUGUUUCCUGGAGUGUGCGUACCAGUACGACGACGAUGGCUACCAGUCCUACUGCACCAUCUGCUGUGGUGGCCGUGAGGUCCUCAUGUGUGGCAACAACAACUGCUGCAGGUGCUUCUGCGUGGAGUGCGUGGACCUGCUGGUGGGCCCGGGGGCGGCGCAGGCGGCCAUCAAGGAGGACCCCUGGAACUGCUACAUGUGCGGCCACAAGGGCGUCUACGGGCUGCUGCGGCGGCGCGAGGACUGGCCCUCGCGCCUGCAGAUGUUCUUCGCCAACAACCACGACCAGGAGUUUGACCCCCCGAAGGUGUACCCGCCGGUGCCCGCUGAGAAGAGGAAGCCCAUCCGGGUGCUCUCGCUCUUCGACGGCAUCGCCACAGGCUUGCUGGUGCUGAAGGACCUGGGCAUCCAGGUGGACAGGUACAUCGCCUCCGAGGUGUGCGAGGACUCCAUCACCGUGGGCAUGGUGAGGCACCAGGGCAAGAUCAUGUACGUCGGGGACGUCCGCAACGUCACCCAGAAACACAUACAGGAGUGGGGCCCCUUUGAUCUGGUCAUCGGGGGCAGCCCCUGCAACGACCUGUCCAUCGUCAACCCGGCCAGGAAGGGUCUCUACGAGGGCACGGGGCGCCUCUUCUUCGAGUUCUACCGCCUGCUGCACGAAGCCCGGCCCAAGGAGGGCGACGACCGGCCCUUCUUCUGGCUCUUUGAGAACGUGGUGGCCAUGGGCGUGAGCGACAAGAGGGACAUCUCGCGCUUCCUGGAGUCCAAUCCCGUCAUGAUUGAUGCCAAAGAAGUGUCUGCAGCACACCGGGCACGGUACUUCUGGGGGAACCUGCCCGGCAUGAACAGGCCACUCGCGUCCACCGUCAAUGAUAAGCUGGAGCUGCAGGAGUGCCUGGAGCACGGCAGGAUAGCAAAGUUCAGCAAAGUGCGAACCAUCACCACUCGCUCCAACUCCAUCAAGCAGGGCAAGGACCAGCACUUCCCCGUGUUCAUGAACGAGAAGGAGGACAUCCUGUGGUGCACGGAGAUGGAGAGGGUCUUCGGCUUCCCCGUGCACUACACGGACGUGUCCAACAUGAGCCGCCUGGCCCGGCAGAGACUGCUCGGCAGGUCCUGGAGCGUGCCGGUCAUCCGCCACCUCUUCGCGCCCCUGAAGGAAUACUUUGCCUGCGUUUAGAGAUGGGCAGGAACUGGUCACACGGAGCGAGUCGGAAUCAAACCCAUCCACGCCAAGAGAAGAGAACACACGGAAUGAGAGAAGAGUCAGCACCCAGAAGAGAGACGGGAUUUCGCAGCCCGACGGGAACCCAGCACACGUCUCCCCGAGCCAAAGGGGUCGGUGUCCUCUCCGGAAUUUCCCAGGAUCAGCUUUAGCUAUUUAAAAGCAAACAAAAACCACAAGAAGCAAACGAAAACGAAGACGGCGAAAUCAAACAAACAACGACGAAACGGAAGAAAAAAAAAAAGAAAAAGAAGAGAAACCAAAACCUUUUUUUUUUGGGUAACCUUUUAAUUUUCCGCUCUUUUCUGGCUGGGUUUUCCUGUCGGUUUGGUUUCCACUUCUCGGAGCAGCGGGCGAGACGCCGUCGCCAGCGCCGCUCUCGGAGAGGGGGAAACGGCAGCGGGGAAGCCCAGUGGGGAGGGAGGCGGAGGCAAAGGAGACCCGCUCUGCUCCGAGACCCGCUCCGAGACCGCUCCGCUCCGUCCGCGCCAGCGCCCGGCCGGCCCGGCCCCGGCCCCGGCGGCUGAGCCUCGCUCUGUUCCACCAGCACCGCUCUCCGGUGACAUGGAGCCAACCCGGCAGGGAGGCCGGGAACACACACACCACACACACACCUUUUCUACAGUAUUUUGGGUGCCUACCACACGGAAACCUUGAAGAGAGCAGAUCCUAGAAGCCGCUGUUACCUCUUGUUUACAGUUUAUAUAUAUAUGAUAGAUAUGAGAUAUAGAUAUAUAUAUAUAUAAAAGGUACUGUUACUACUGUACAACCUGACUUCAUAAUGGUGCUUUACACAGCGGGGUGAGUCGAGACAUCAGCUUCCACGUUGCCUUACGUGCCGGGCCUUUCCGAGCGAGCGGCAGGGCCGGGGCGGCCGGGCGGAAGCGUCUCCAUCCCGAGUCAUGCAAUAACCUUUUUCUGUCCCGAACGGAAGCGCCUCGGCGGUGCCCCCCUGCCCCGCCGGCGCCACCCCACAGCGUACUGGUGCUCUUCUGCGUACGUGGUGUCCGGCAGGGCCCGCGCCGGCUGUCCCCCGGUGCCCCGGCUGCCCGCCGGGGCGGCGCGGGGCGCGGCGCCGCGGACGGGCUCCGGCCGAGGGCGGCGGCGGGGACGCCGGCGGGGCAGGGGGCACAGAGCGGCUCCCGUGCCGGAGCGCGGCCGGGGCGCUUCCGGCAUGGCGCGGGGAUGGCCGCGGCUCCCGGACCCUGGUGCUACAUCCGCGGGGCCGGGCCGGCGGCAGGGGGGCGAUGCCCCGGUGAGCCGGGACGGGACCCCGGCGGCGUCGCCGCGGCCGCCGGGCCAUCGCUCCCCUGCCCGCGCGCGGCUCGGAGCGAGCGCGUCCCCCGUGUCCCCUCGGCGGGGUGGCACGGGGCACCGUGGCGGCGGUGUCGGUCGGUCGGCGGAGCGCGGGCAGGUGCUGGCGGUGCGGUGGAUGGUGCUACUGCUCCGGGCCCGGGGCGGCCGCGGCGCCCGCGGAGCAGGGACUGGUGCUAGGGCGCGGGGAGGCUCCCGGGCCCGCCGCUGUCUCUUCUCUAACUGUGAAAGGCGCGGGCCCCGGGGCCGCGCUCGCUGCGGGGUGCUGGCUAAUGGCAGCGAGCCGCGGCCCGCGCGCCCCGAGGUGCUGGGACCGACGGCGGCGGGGCCCCCACCUCCCCUCCCUCCUGGUGCUACUGGGGGCUCGGGGGCCCCUCUGGGUGCGGGGGGCACGGGGAGCUGAGCUGGCGCGGGCGGCCGCGGUGGCGGCACCGCGGGGCCUGGCUUUGCCGGGGAGCCAAGGUGGCGAGGCAGGGGGGCACUGGCCCCGGGCUGCCAGGGCCGGGUGGCACAGGAUGGCACAGGACCGCUGCAGCGGGCACUGCUCCUGCCUGCCUGCUGCUGUCUGAGCCCUCAUGGCCCCACGAGCCUGUCUGUGGGGCUGGCACGGCCCCGGCCGUCCUGUGUGCGGCACGGUGGGCACUGCGGGUCCUGCACGGCCCUGCAGCACUGCUGCAGGUCCUGCAUGGCUCCGUGCCCCCGGCUGCGGGUCCUGCAGGGAUCCACGGCGCUGCCCGUGGGUCCUGCAGAGUCCCACAGGCCUGGGUGCAAGCGCUGCAUGGCCCUGCAGUGCUGAAUGCAGGGCCUGCAGCGCUGAUUGCAGACCCUGCAACGCUGAAUGCAGGGCCUGCAGCGCUGAUUGCAGACCCUGCAGCGCUGAUUGCAGACCCUGCAGUGCUGAUUGCAGACCCUGCAGGGCUGAUUGCAGACCCUGCAGGGCUGAAUGCAGGGCCUGCAAUGCUGAUUGCAGGGCCUGCAGCGCUGACUGCAGACCCUGCAAUGCUGACUGCAGGCCCUGCAUGGCCCUGUGGCACUGGGUGCUGAUCCUGCAUGCCCUUGAGGUGCUGGGUGCUGGUCCUGCAGGGCCCUGCAGCGUUGCUGGCAGGCCCUGCACGGCUCCGUGGCGCUGGGUGCUGGCCCCGCGUGGCCCUGCAGCUCCGGGCGCCGGCGCUGCCCCGACCCUGCGGCACCGCCGGCGGGUUCUGCACGGCCACGCGCUGGCUCUGGGGGUCCCGGGGGACCCCCGGCUCAGCCCAGCCCUGCAGCCCUUCCUGGGACCCCGCUGCACCUUCGGGGCCGGGUCCCAGCGGGUGCUGCGGCGCGGGGCCCGGCGCGGCGCGGCGUUGGCACGGCCCAGCCGGUGCCGGUGCCGGUGCCGGUGGAAGCAGGUUCCUGCUGGGAACAGGUGCCGGCGGCGGUGGGGACCGUGGGGAUGCCUGGGGCAAGAGUUCAGUUUUUAACAUACCCGACUCACGUCUUUUUUUAAAAAAAAACCAACCAGACAAAUUCUGUUGCACAGCCCUAGAUGAAAACUCAAAAACAACACAGCAAGGCCUGAAUUCCUUAAGAUCCGCCGAGGGAGUGGGGACAAACACGGUGCUAAAACAUUUUAUUAAAAAUAUAUAUUGUUAAAUUAAGUCUGCUGUCUGGACAAUGACUGUUUUGUUUCUCGUAGUGGAGUUUCAAAGAGCACUAUUAUUUUACUCUUAUAUAUUAUUAUUAAAAAAAAAAAACAAAAAAGAAAAAGGCAUUUUAACUUUGUACUUGAAAACUAAAUGAGAGAUUUCAUGUGUUUUAGCCUAGACAUUGAAAUAGCUGACGCUUAACUAUUUGUGGGAAUCAUGUACUCAUCAUCCCGAGGAAUACGCUGUAGAGCUGGUACCCUC